CUCUCCCACGCCUUCCCCUCCCUCUCUCUCGGCCUUCCGUUCCUAGCUGCGAGUCCGCGACGCGCCAACGCCGUAACGCCGACGACAGGGCCAGUGGCGCCGCCCUUGGCCAGUUCUUCGUCGGCGACGAGCAUCCGGCAGGAAAGAAGCCUAGACAAAAGGGAGGAUGGAUAAGGAGGAGAGUAAGGAAGCAUCAGUGAGCAUUAGCAACAAUGACACGGGCACCAAUGAUAUGGAGGAUGACGACUAUGAUGACGAUGAUGGGAAGCACACGGUGCUGCUUGGCCCUCAGGUUCCCCUCAAGGACCACCUUGAGCUCGAUAAGGAUGAUGACAGCCUAAGGAGGUGGAAAGAGCAGCUCCUUGGAGAUGUUGAUACCACUAAGCUUGGAGAGACUGCAGAACCAGAGGUGAACAUAUUGAACCUGACCAUCCUAACUCCGGGUCGACCGGAUCUGGUUCUGCCGAUCCCACUUGUGCGGGAUGACAAAGGGUACGCAUUCGCGCUCAAGGAUGGGAGCACCUAUAGCUUCCGCUUCUCCUUCACUGUCUCCAACAACAUUGUGUCUGGUCUCAGAUAUACACACACCAUCUGGAAGACUGGAGUAAGAGUGGAAAAACAGAAGGUGAUGCUGGGGACCUUCAGUCCUCAGCAGGAGCCUUACACGUACGAGGCUGAGGAAGAUACGACGCCUAGCGGCAUCUUUGCGAGGGGUUCAUAUUCUGCAAAGCUGAAGUUUGUGGACGAUGAUGGGAAAGUCUACCUGGACAUGGGCUACUGCUUCGAGAUCCGGAAGGACUGGCCAUCCUCGGCAUAAAACUGAGAGAAAACAGGGUUUAGCCUUAGGUGGCAUGUAACAGGGGAUGGAUAGUGCUGUGUCUUGUAUGUACAUUCUCGCUGCGCGUGGCGUAGCCAGGCAAUAUGAGCUGAAAAACCAGAUAACCGAAUUUGUUGUGUUGCCGGAUGGGCAUGGCUCAGAAGAAUCCCCGUGCAGAUGCUGCAUUGAAUCGUUGGACUGUUUGUUUGAACCGACGGAAUGAUCUUACCUCUCAGCCUGAUUGUA